AUGGAUCCACUUACGAUUAAGUCAGUUCUGGUCAUCGGCCCUAGCGGAAAUGUGGGCAGGUCCACAAUCAAGGCACUCCUAGACGAGAAGUUCGACGUCACGGGACUCUCGAGGACAUCUUCACAGGCGACUUUGCCCAGUGGUGUCCGACAUGUCAAGUCUGAUUAUUCGGAAGCAUCUCUGCGCGAAAUAUUCAAAGGCCAAGAUGCCGUUAUUAGCACCAUCUCUAGCAUCGUCGUUGGAGAUGCGUUGGCGUCUCAGAAGGCCAUAAUCAAUGCGGCUAUCGCGGCCGGCGUCAAGGUCUUUUUCCCGUCCGAAUAUGGGAUUGACACAUCGGAUCGCUCCGCAUCCACCUAUGUCCCAUUUCUCGCUGACAAGAUUGAGAUCAUGGAUUACCUCAAAGCGAACGAAGACAAGAUCUCUUGGACAGCUCUGGUUACCGGCUCAAUGUUUGACUGGGGAUUGAACAUUCCCGGGUUUGGUGGCUGGAAUUUGUCCACCCACUCUGCCACUAUUUUUGACGGUGGUAAUAUUCCUUACGAAGCAACCAACCUUGAUCAAGUCGGUCGUGGUAUUGCAAAGUGCUUGAAGAAUCCGGGGCUUACCAGGAACCAAUAUGUAUACGUGAAUAGCUUUACCAUCACACAAAAUGAAGUUCUCAAAGCUCUGGAGAAGAACAUGAAGGAGGGAUUUACGGUCUCGCAAGGUAGUGUGGAGCAGCUGUGGAAGGAGGGGGCAUCACAGGUGAAAGCUGGGGAGCCACUCGGUGUGUUGUCUAUGCUGAGCGGUGCUAUCUACGGAAAAGGGAAUCUGGCACACUUUUCAUCUACAAGAGGUUUAUGGAAUGACCGCUUGAACCUGCCCCAGGAGAGUUUAGGCGAGUUCUUGGGGGAAUACCUCGCCAAAAAUGUGUAA